AUGUCAGAAGGAAUUCAACAAACCGAAGAAAAAUCUAUACGAGAACUUCUCUUUGAGCGUUAUAAAGACUACCUAAACCUUUCAGAUGCGGAUCGAAUUCGUUACGUAAAUUUUUCAAAAGAACUAAGCGCUGCAUUACACGGUGAUGAUCCAUCAUCCUUAAAAAGGACGAUUAGUAAUCACAUCUUUUCUGAUCCUGAAAAGUUGAUUCGCAUGAAAUUACUGACUUUUCCUUUGCCACCAAAUGAAGAAUUAAUGGUGCGCCGGGUAAUGGACAGUUGUCCAUUUAAAGCUCUGUUAAGCUGCUUUGGAGGUUUUGUUUUGGGCGGUAUGUUUGGGUUGUUUUCAGCCAGUGUGGACCCAAUGAGCACAGUACAUGGUGCGGAAACUCCAACUACUCGCCAAGUUAUGAAGGAAAUGUAUUCCCGUUCGUUAUCACAUGCCAAGAGUUUUGCUAUGAUUGGGACACUUUUCGCUGGUACUGAAUGUGCUCUUGAGAGUUACCGUGGCAAGAGUGAUCUUCUGAAUAGUACAUUGUCAGGUGCAAUCGUCGGUGGUGGAAUAGGUUUUCGAGCUGGUUUACAAGCCGGUCUUUUGGGAGCUGCUGGUUUCUCAAUAUUUUCUACUGCCAUUGAUUACUAUUUUAGACACAAAAACUAG